AUGCAGAAUGUUAACACUCAGAACACACCAAUGAAUAGUGGUCUCAAACUAUCAAACUAUGGUAGUGAACCAGUCAAGGAUGCAACCUUGUACAGAUCCAUAGUAGGUGCUCUUCAACAUGCUACAAUAACCAGGCUUGAACUCUCUUUCUCUGUUAACAAGGUUUGUCGAUAUAUGCAAACUCCACUGCAAGCAUACUGGACGGCAAUAAAAAGAAUACUCAUGUAUAGUACUGGUACUUUGGACUAUGGUCUACACUUAAAACUAGCACCUGAUUACUCCUUAGAAGCCUUUUGUGGUGCUAAUUGGGCUUCAAAUCCAGAUCACAGGAGAUCCACCUCAGAGCACUGCAUUUAUUUUGGAGGCAAUCUUGUGGCCUGGAAGUCUCAAAAAUAG